AUGUCGUAUCCUUGGAAUAUAUUGCAGAAGGCGAAGGCAGUGCGCAAAAAGGCCCAGCAAUUGGCCGGGCUGGCGAUUGACGGCAUCAUGCGCUCGGACUGGCCGUGCUCCAUGCGUCCGAGCACGCAAAUCUCGCAAAUCACCGACUCUUUGUACUUGUGCUCUGCAAGAGCAGUGACUGAGGGCAAUGUCAGAGCCCUGGGGAUCACGUGUGUGAUUAAUGUCACGCUGGAACUGCCUUUCCAGCCCCUGGGCACUGGGAUGGAGUAUAUGAAGAUCCAGAUAAUGGACGCCCCCACGUCCAACCUGGCGUCUCACUUCGACGCCGUCGCCGACAAGAUCUGGGAAGUGCGCCGAAAGGGCGGCAGGACGCUGAUCCACUGCGUCGCCGGCGUGUCCCGUUCGGCGGCACUCUGCAUGGUGUACCUCAUCAAGUACGAGGGAAGGAAUUUGCGCGAGGCGUACUUUUACGUCCGGGGACGCCGCCCGAUCGUGCGCCCCAACGUCGGGUUUUUCCGCCAAAUGAUCGAGUACGAGAAGCGGGUGUUGGGCAAAACCUCGGUGGCUAUGGUUCCGAACCCAGUCAGUCCUGGCCAGGGCCUCAUUCCGGAUUUGUAUGAGGAAGAGUACAAGGCUGCUUUGUGGCAGAUCCAGAUAAUGGACGCCCCCACGUCCAACCUGGCGUCUCACUUCGACGCCGUCGCCGACAAGAUCUGGGAAGUGCGCCGAAAGGGCGGCAGGACGCUGAUCCACUGCGUCGCCGGCGUGUCCCGUUCGGCGGCACUCUGCAUGGUGUACCUCAUCAAGUACGAGGGAAGGAAUUUGCGCGAAGCGUACUUUUACGUCCGGGGACGCCGCCCGAUCGUGCGCCCCAACGUCGGGUUUUUCCGCCAAAUGAUCGAGUACGAGAAGCGGGUGUUGGGCAAAACCUCGGUGGCUAUGGUUCCGAACCCAGUCAGUCCUGGCCAGGGCCUCAUUCCGGAUUUGUAUGAGGAAGAGUACAAGGCUGCUUUGUGGCAGGAGUCUCAAAGAAUGCGUCACAGAACCCAACAUCAGUCGUCGCACUCUGGACUCAUCACUCCGUUGCCCAUGAGGUUGCCAACUCGUAUGACGUCAGCUUUUCCAUCGUCCAUCGUUCAACAAACCUAGAAAAAGGAGAAGAACCAGAGAAAAAAAACACACACAUAAAUCCCUGUCUUUUCUGCUUCAUACAUUUUUGUCAAUAUUUUUUUUUCGCAACGUCGCUCCUUUCUUUUCGGAUUUUUUCUCGCAUAUUCGUCGUAUAUAGGCGUGGGAUUGCUUUCGGGAAACGAGGGACCGGAAGAGAAAAAAAUGAGGUUUUUUCCGGAGGAGUUUUAUCUUCGAAAGAAAGUCCCCCUUUCUUGAAGACCUAUAGAAACAUCCGGGAGGAAAUUUUCGUUCAGCUGCUGUGAAAGAAGAAAAACAUGCGUAAAUGUUUAGCAUUGUUUUUGUCGCAAAAUUACUCGCUCUGCACUUUUGAAAAUUGUAUCCGCGAACACGUGAAAGGGAUUUUUAUUGCCGACGAAAAUAUUUUUCAUUUGCACUGUGAUUCAUUGCCCCAGGUGUACACAGAGAGAAAGAGAGAGAGAAGAAAAAAAAAGGAAUUUGAAGGAAAAAUAUUUUGCGACGGAUUCGUUUUUUGCAGUCCUGAAUUUUUGUAUCGUCUUCCACAAACGGGAUAAUUUUUUAAUGUUCUGGGGUUUUCUUCUUUUGAAGAUUUCAUCACGAGAUUUCAAAAAGGGUUAUAUAUACGUUAUCAGUCGAGGUUUGAUUUGAUUUUGUUUUUUUGUUUUUUUUGGCCGAGAAAACUUGGGUUGGUGCUUUGUUUUUUCAACGCUGGGAAUGGAAAUAUUUGGCGUGAAUGUUUAUACAGCCAAUGGUUGGUCGACUGUGCAUUGAAAACUCGAAGCGUGGUGAAAUAUAUUCCAAUCGGGAAUUCCUAAUAUA